UGCCCAGAAAAAGAAUGUCAUCCAUUAGCAAGCAACUGUCUUCUAUUGGCUGCGCAGGCAGGAAGAUGUCUUUCUCCUCCUCUGAGAUCAGAAUGGUUUUGCUGGGGAAGACUGGCAGCGGAAAAAGCUCCACCGGCAACUCCAUCUUGGGCCGUAAGGUCUUUGACUCAAAGGUUAGCAGCUCCUCUGUCACCCAGCGUUGUCGCAGGGUCGCUGGAGAAUUCCGUGGGCGACAUCUGACACUCCUGGACACUCCGGGGCUUCUGGACAGUCAACAGACACCACAGGAGGUGCAGAAGGAGUUGAGGAGGAGUGUUAGCCUCCUGUACCCUGGGCCCCAUGUGUUCCUCCUUGUUAUUCAGAUUGGGAGGUGCACUCGGGAGGAGAAGGAAGCGGUGCGGCAGAUCAAACAAGCAAUGGGUUCCCAUGCUUUGAGUUUCUCUGUGGUGGUUUUUACCCAUGGAGACCUUCUUGAAGAAGGGACAUCCGUGAAGGAUUGUCUGAUAGAUGAGUGCAAGGAUCUGGUCGAGCUGGUGGCCGGAUGUGGGGGCAGGUACUGUGUCUUCAACAACCAGAGUUCCAAGAACAAGAACCAGGUGUCCGAGCUGCUUGCCUUAGUGGACAGCAUGAUGCAGGAAAAUGGAGCAGUGUUCUAUGGCAGCAAGAUGCUUGAGAAAGCAGAGGAGGAUCUGGCUCAGGAGCUGCAAGAGGAAUGGAGGCUGCUGAAUGAGAAGGAGCAGCUUUUAAAAAAGAAGCAGGAGGCAGCCAUAAAAGAGUUGUAUGAAAAAAAGCUACAGAUGGUUCAGGAUAAAAGCCAGAUGGAUAUCGAGGAGCUGAAGAAAAUUUUUUUUCAGGGGGGAGGGAAAAAGAUGCAGAGGGAGGAAAUGAAGAGAGACACUUUGCAGAAAGAGCUGGAUAAACUCAGCCAGAGCUUGGAGGAGCAGAGCAGGAAGGAGGAGGACAGGAAAAAGCAAAUAGAGGACCUGCUCAGACGCAAGACGGAGGAGAACCAGAGAGAAAGGGACAUUCAGAUGGAGAAUCAGAGAGUGGAGAAAAGGAGAGUCCUGGCCCUCCAGCAGGAGCUAAAACUCAUCAGAAUUAAAGUUGAUAAACAAAAAGCGAGUGAAGAAAACCUCAAGAGACAGCUGGAGGAAAGCCUGCAGAGGGAGAGAGAAACGUGUGACACAGAAACGUCUGCCUUGAAAAGGCAGUGCGAUGAGAAGUGUUCUGAGCCUUGCAACGAGACAAUCAAGAAGACAUCUGCAGAAAAACACAGCACAGUGGAGACUGUGUCCGGAUAUGUGCAAGAAAUGGGACUGGUGGGGCUGAACGUAGCUUUAGAGAGUGUUGCAGCUCCCUGCUGUAUACAGUAA